AUGGUUAUGUGUAGCUUUUCUUCGACCCUCUAUCCUUUUAUUCCUUAUGGUUGCUACUGCGGUUUUGGAGGCUAUGGUACACCGAUGGAUGAAAUUGAUAAGUGUUGCCAGACUCAUGACAAUUGUUAUGGAGAUGCUCUUGCUAAAUGUUACAACAUAACCUCUCUUCUGUAUUUGUGGCCUUAUUCCUGGUCUUGUCCAAAAACAGCUGAAGGAGCAGUUCAAACUAAAACUGGCAAUUCUCCCAUAUGCAAAAAUUCCUAUCGGAAUCCAUGCGGCCAGGCAUUAUGUGAAUGUGACCAGAAAAUUGUUGAAUGUUGGGCCAAUGUUUCCACAACGCCACCAAGCGAAAGACUAGAAUGCAUUGAACCAAAAUCAAAUGACAAAGUCGAUUUGUCUGCUUAUCGUAGAAAAGCGCUUGACGCCAUGAAUAAAUUCCGAGCGCAGCUUGUGAGUGGAAAUAUCGCGACCGCGAGCGGAAAGCUUCCACGGGGGAGAGAGAUAUGGAACGAUACAUUAGAAGAUUUGGCUAAAAAGAAAGUUGACGAAUGCAAUUUUAAGUUGACCCAAACAAAUUCGCAAAAUAAUGGCGAAGCUACGCACGUUUCGUUUGAUAUAAAAGAUGAACCGAUAGAAGAUGCAAUAAGCGAAUGGACAAAAAGAGUCGAACAAUUUUAUAAUAGCACUAGCGUAUCAACUUCCAGAAUCGGUUCACUGGAUGACUUCGUUCAGAUAGCCUCAGGGCUAACUGUACAAGUAGGUUGUGCAACAAAUGAUAUAUGUCAAGUUGACUAUAGUUCGAUGCAAGACUAUGGAACAUACUAUGAUAACUAUGAUGAUUAUAAAACGGAUGAACGCCCUACUGUUCAGUAUACCGUUUGCAAAUUUUGGCCAAGUGGAUUUAUGUUCAAGAAAUUAUACAAAAAGGGAAAACAAUGUAAAGUAGGAUGGCCGUGUAGGCGUCGCAAUUCAGUUUGUAACAAAGAUGGACUCUGCGAAACCGAAAAAACCGAAAAAUGCGAUGGAGAAAACGUUCCAUUAAAAAAAAGUGCUCUUGAUGCUAUGAAUAAAUUCCGAAUUCAACUUGCUGCCGGAAAAAUUCCGGCCAAAAAUGGAAAAUUUCCAAUGGGGAAAGAAAUUUACAAAUUGAAAUGGAAUUGUACAUUGCAAGCAUUGGCUGAACAGAAAGUGCAAGAAUGCGAUUAUAGUCCAGCUUACACGGAUUCGCAAGGAAUUGGUGAAGCUCAGCAUGUCCCGUAUGAUCCCCCAAAAUAUGCGGUAAAAGAAGGACUAAAAGAAUGGAUGAAAAGAUUAAAGGGCAAACGAAAUGUUACUCUAUUAACUAGCGAUUAUACAAGCUUGCUGGACGAUUUUGUGCAGGUUGCAUCGGGAUCAACAACAGACGUCGGUUGUGCAACAAAUAGUAAGUGCACAUAUGAUUAUGGAGAUGGAGAUGUAGAAAAAAUUCAUUAUACUGUUUGCAAAUUCUGGCCGAGUGCAAAAACGUUCCCCAUCUUAUACGAAGAAGGAGAGCAAUGCGAAUUAGGUUGGCCAUGCGCUCUUCCCAAUUCAGUUUGUAAUAAGAAUAAACUUUGUGUUAGAACUGAAUAG